AUGGAUCGCGAUUUUACUCGCUGGAUUCUCUGGAUCCUCCUAGUCCUCUUGGUCGCGUCAGCAGUUGCAUUGUUCCAACGCGCCGGCGAUUUGUCACGCGAUGGCGAAAUGGUGAAUUCCUUCAUGCAUCUCGUCGUUGGAAUUCAGUGUCUCAUGAUUUUCGUCGGUUUGCUCCUCUUCAAUGUCCUGGGUCUCGAUGGCCCCGAUGGCCCCGAUGACCGCAAUGGCCCCGACGGGCCCCCUGGUCCUGGUUCUAGAGCCCAGAGGCGCGGACGGCAAUUCAGAGGUCAUUCUUCCCCACUUUCACGCCGUGGCGCUGGGGGUGGCGGGUCCUCGACGUCCUUUCGUUAUUCUGCUACCACCUACCCUCGCAGUUCUGGUCCAUACCGUGACGCAAUCUUGAUCACGAUCGUGCUAAUGACAACCAUGUAUUCCCAGUUUGUCUCUUCUCGCGGCAAUGAAUAUUUCUGCGAAAUCGACGAGGACUACCUGACGGAUCGCUUUAACCUCACCGGGUUGAACACCGAGGUUACGUACUAUCAAUACGCCCUUGAUCUUGUCACCGACGUUUUCGAUCUUGAUGCCGACGAUGAUCUGCGUGAGCAAAUCGAAAAGUCUGCUCGUCACCUCUAUGGAUUGGUUCACGCCCGGUACAUCGUUACCACUCGUGGUCUUGCCAAAAUGCUCGAGAAGUACAAGAAAAGUGACUUUGGGAAGUGCCCACGUGUGCUGUGCGAUGGGCAUGCCCUGCUUCCUUUGGGCGAGUCUGAUCUUCCGAAUGUCAGCACCGUCAAGUUGUACUGUCCCAAGUGCGAAGAUAUCUACAACCCCAAAUCCUCCCGUCACUCAUCCAUUGAUGGCGCGUACUUUGGUACCUCGUUCCAUUCGAUCCUGUUCCAGGUUUACCCUGCUCUCAAUCCCGAGAAGAGCAGUCGCCGUUAUGAACCCCGUAUCUAUGGGUUCAAGGUGCACGCCGCAGCUGCCCUUGCUCGUUACCAGGACAAUCAGCGUGAAGAUCUCAAGUGGCGCCUCGCUGAAGCCGACAUCACCCACCGCUUCAUCGAGGACAGCGAGAGUGACGAUGACGCGUUCGAAUACGAUGAGGACUACGCCGAGGGUCCCGCGGAGCCAGCCAAAAACAACCAGCUCCUCGGUGACGCAGCUUCGGCUCGCAUGAACGUCGCCAAGUAA